UUUUUUUAAUCAAUACCAGUGCAAAACACCGGGCAUAUGAAAAUUAGGUUUCCAGAUAAAAAUACAGAAUACCAAGUUAAAUUUGAAUUUCAGAUAAAUAUGGAUUUUCUAGUCUAUGUCCCAAAUAUCGCAGUAGACAUAACUAAAAAUGUCUCUUAUGUUUGUUUGAAAUUCAAAUUUCACUGGGUCUAUAUUAUUAUUACUUGCUAAAUCUAGGGGCAAAGUCCAUAAAAUAGAGAGUAUGAAAAGCAUCAGGGCAAAGUGGUCAUCACAGGGUGUCUGGGUGCACGUCAGGGAAAAUUUCAGAAAGCCGGUGGCAUUCAGCCGAGUCUUCAGCUGAGAACUUAUGGGCUGUACCAUUCACUGCAGAUUUUAAUAACACACCAUCAUGGUUUGUUCUUCACCUUUUUCAUGAAUACAUGUUUUGUCUGCAUAACUAGAUCCUAAGUUGCUUGAGGACAGAGACCAUUUCUUUGUGUUCCGCUACCACUAGGAUGACAGGCACACCUCGGGCACAUUACCACAUGGAUUGAUUCAAAUGGUUUUAUCCCUUCAAAAAGUUAAAAACAUCCUAUUCGAUGAAAUCAUUUUCAAAUUCAUGUUUUCUUUUUUAGUUUCAGCCUUCACAUGCUGUGGCCAAUUCAAAUGCUGCAACCAAGAAUCCAGUCUGACACUAAGGAGUCAAAUUAGCAGUAAAGGUAUGAGCUGUUUACAGUGCAGCCAUCUUCUAUGUUCGCUUCAUGAUGGAUUCAGCGUGGCUGGAAUGGGCACCUUUCUGAUGCUUGGGUGUCAGGAAGGGACCCAUAUGUGGCAUAUUCUUGGCUACAACUCGGAUAGUCCAGUGACUUUUAGAACGUUUCUCUACAAACACACCCCACCCACCCUUAAGUUCCUCUCUACCCUAUUGCAGUUUGGAACUGACCCCCAGCUUCCCCUACAGUCAGCUCCACGCUGGUCCAGGAUGAAGUCUACCCAUCGCUGUUGGAAGCACAAGGAAAGCUAACUUUUCUGACCUCCUCUCCUAGCCUCAGCUCUAAAGACCAGACCAGGGAAGGAAGCAGCCCUGAGCACAUAACCCAAAAGUGGCACCAUUUCAGCAGUUUCUAAGGGAGAAUGUUGGCAUGUUUGAUGUUAAAUUGAUCACGGAAAGACCUUAAAAGAAGGAGGGAACCAUGUAGAGAAGCUCAUCAAAUGGGGAGCAUUUUGUUAAAUGUGCUUAAUUCUUUCCCAUCAGCUCUUUAAAUUGAGUAGGAAUUAUCAUUCCUCCCCAUCCCUGGGUCCAGAACACACUUUGUGGUCUGGUCUAAGGUUCUUUCCCAAUUUUUUACCACAGUAGCUCUAAGAGAAGAGGACAGAUACAAGGUCUAGAGUGUUAUGAGGACAGGAAGCCUCACCCAAGUGAUUACCAGAGUCCAAACUGUCUUUAAGUUCUGCAAACCAUAAGGCUCAUUUCCAUGAUUAUUUGGCAAUAAAGGUUCCCUCCUGCCCCUGACUUAGGUCAAAGAUGAACAAAGCUGGACACCAGAUAAAGUGGUAAGGACAGUUUUAAUCAGCAUUAUGCUAUUGCAGCAGGAUACAGUCCAGCUUUUAACUUUGAUUUGUGUUGAGGCGGUGCAAGGGGAGGGCUGUUUUAAAGAGAGAAUGAGGGGGUCGCCUAGGUGGCUCAGUCAGUUAAGCAAGGGACUUUUGAUUUCUGCUCAGGUCAUGAUCUUACAGUUGGUGAGAGGCCCACGUGGUAAUGUGUGCUGACAGUUCGGAGUCGGCUUAGUAUUCUCUCUCUCCCUCUCACUCUGCCCCUCCCCUGCUUGCACUCUAAAUAAAUAAACAAGCAAACAAACACACUUAAAAAAAAUAAAAUGAACACAGAGUGAGGGAACAGGGAGGGGUGAAUGAGGGCUCAGUAGAGUCCAGGAGGUGAAAAAGGACAACAUUCAGGACGGGAGAGUAAGUGAGUCACCUGGGACUAUUACCAGCCUUGUAGAAGUUAGGCUCCUACAAACCCUGGGAGACAGAGACCCUACUAUCAGAUGUGGGCGGGAACCAGCAGUAAAUCCUAGGGAUGUGGCCUUGAACUGUUAGAAACUGUGUUAGUGUUUUGUUCAAGUUUUUAUGGGCCGAGGAAGGGACCCAGUAGAGAGGAGGGCUCAUAGCAGUCUGGGCUGAGUGUGGUCAAGAAGUAACUCUUUGUCACUUCCUAGUGACAUUGUUUACUAACCGCUCUCCCCCCCCCCCCCCAAAGUCUACAGGAAGAAUCCAAAAAAUAUAACUCAAGAGGCAUCUUGUUUCCCUGGAGCCCACAGCGCAUCUGUCUCUGAAGAGCCUCGGGAUUUACAGCACACCACAGAAAUUAAGGGAGACUAAUUUGCAGCAGGAUCUUUUUCAGGUUUUAAAAAACUCCACACAAACACGCGAUGGCGCUCUUUAAACCUUAGCAGACCCGACCUGAGGCCGCAAUCAGCAGAGAACUACAACUCCCAGCAGCGCCGGCGAGUGAAAAUUACCAACUUCCGGGGACUGUUUCCCGUGGGUCAGCUGCUCCAGCUCCACCCGCGCCAUCGGAAGGCAGCACAGUAUGCAGGCGGGAGGCGGCGGCCGGGGUCGCGGAGUCGCGGGGUCGCGGGGUCUCAGGGUCGGGGCCGCCAUCGCUUCCACGAGGAGCGAGGCUCACGUCCCGGAAGUGGAGGCCAAGAGAAGCGGCGCCGGCGUCGCGGAGGGGCGUUCUGGCGUCACUUCCGCUGGGGCGGGGCCUCGGGCUCUCCCGCGCAAAUUGAAAAGUCUUUGGUGCCCGGCUGCCACCCGGCCCUCUGUGUUCCGAGCCGCCUGCCUCGGGCGAGCUGGCCCAGGGCGAAAGGAAGCGUGUUCUCUGGAAUGGGCUUGCGGGCCGCUUGUGCACAGCCUGUGAACAGGAGUGGGGCGGCGAGGUCGCCGGUGUUGUAGCUGGCGUGUCGCUGGCGGGCGCCCUGAGAUGAUGCCUGCGCAGCGGCCCCCGGCCAUUCCCACCACGCUCCAGAGGAAACGUUUAUGCGAGCGUAUUUACCCAGCUUAGAAGAGACAUCAGCUUCACAGAAUGUGUGUUACGUCAGUUUUCCUCAAAGUGGAAGAAAACUCUUUCUAGAGGCAUUGUCUGAGGGUGGGAGGCUGAUUGUUUUUCUCAAACUGCGGCUUGAGGAGCACCUGCAGCCAGAUUACCUGGAUUUAAACGUCGGAAUCCCCCUACCUGGCUCCGCAGCUGGUGAAUGCGCUGCUGAACUAGAGCAUCCGAGUUUUGAUACAGCAUCAAGUUAACUUGGCACAAUGGGGAUACAAGGAUUGCUGCAAUUUAUCAAAGAAGCUUCUGAACCAAUCCACGUGAGGAAGUAUAAAGGACAGGUAGUAGCUGUGGAUACAUAUUGCUGGCUUCACAAAGGAGCUAUUGCUUGUGCUGAAAAACUAGCCAAAGGUGAACCUACUGAUAAGUAUGUAGGAUUUUGUAUGAAAUUUGUAAAUAUGUUACUCUCUCAUGGGAUCAAGCCUAUUCUUGUAUUUGAUGGAUGUACUUUACCUUCUAAAAAGGAAGUGGAAAAGUCUAGAAGAGAAAGACGACAAGCCAAUCUUCUUAAGGGAAAGCAGCUUCUUCGUGAGGGGAAGGUUUCAGAAGCCAGAGAAUGUUUUACCCGUUCCAUCAAUAUCACACAUGUGAUGGCCCACAAAGUCAUUAAAGCUGCCCGGUCCCAGGGAGUAGAUUGUCUUGUGGCUCCAUACGAAGCAGACGCGCAGCUGGCCUAUCUUAACAAAGCUGGUAUUGUACAAGCCAUAAUCACAGAGGACUCUGAUCUCCUCGCUUUUGGCUGUAAAAAGGUGAUUUUAAAAAUGGACCAGUUUGGAAAUGGACUAGAAAUUGACCAGGCUCGGCUGGGAAUGUGCAGGCAGCUUGGGGACGUGUUCACGGAGGAGAAGUUCCGGUAUAUGUGCAUACUUUCAGGCUGUGACUACCUCUCCUCACUGCGUGGGAUCGGGUUAGCAAAGGCCUGCAAAGUGCUCAGACUAGCCAAUAAUCCGGAUAUUGUAAAGGUCAUCAAGAAAAUUGGACACUAUCUUAAGAUGAAUAUAACGGUACCAGAAGAUUACAUCAAAGGAUUUAUUCGGGCCAACAAUACCUUUCUUUAUCAGCUAGUUUUUGAUCCCAUCAAAAGGAAACUCAUCCCUCUGAAUGCAUAUGAAGACGACAUUGAUCCUGAAACACUGAGCUACGCUGGGCAGUAUUUUGAUGAUUCCAUAGCUCUUCAAAUAGCACUUGGAAAUAAAGAUAUAAAUACUUUUGAACAGAUCGAUAACUACAAUCCAGACAUUGCUACGCCUGCCCAAUCAAGAAGUCAUAGUUGGAAUGACAAAACAUGCCAGAAGUCAUCUAAUGUUAAUAGCAUUUGGCAUAGGAAUUAUUGCCCUAGACUUGAACUGAAUAUUGCUUCAGAUGCUGUAAGAUUGAAGGAAAGUCCAAGUACUGUGGGCAUUGAACAAGUGAUCAGUGUUAAAGGAUUAAAUCUUCCAAGGAAGUCAUCCAUUGUGAAAAGACCAAGAAGUGAGGAGCUGUCAGAAGACGAUCUGUUGAGUCAGUAUUCCCUUUCAUUCACAAAGAAGACCAAGAAAAGUAACUGUGAAGGUCAUAAAUCAUUGAACUCUGAAAUGCUCAUGCCUGACCUGGUAGAUGGAACUACUGUUAAAAAAAACAUAAGCACACCACCUACGACAAGAAAUAAAUUUGCAGCAUUUUUACAGAGAAAAAAUGAAGAAAGUGGUGCGGUUGUGGUUCCAGGGACAAGAAGCAGGUUUUUUUGCAGUUCUCUGGAUUCUGCCAACUGUGUAUCAGCGAAAGCAGGCGGUGAGCCCCCAGAAAAAAGUGCUGUCACAGAUGAAGAGGCCAGUGUAGCUGAACCAGAUCAUCAGGAUGGCAAGAAGCUGGCUGGUCCAGAUGGAGCACAUAAUUCAGAUGAUGAGGUUCCAUAUGAAAGUUCUGUCACAGAUGAAGAGGCCAGUGUAGCUGAACCAGAUCGUCAGGAUGGCAAGAAGCUGGCUGGUCCGGAUGGAGCAUAUAAUUCAGAUGAUGAGGUUCCAGAUGAAAGUUCUAUUGCAGAUGAAGAGACCAGUGUAGAUAAAUCAGACUGUCAGGAUGGCAAGAAGCUGGCUGGUCCAGAUGGAGCAUGUAAUUCAGGUGAUCAGGUUCCAGACAAUGCAACUAUGAUUGCUGACGACUCUCUGUGUUUGGAGACCAGCAAAUUCACAAGGACCAUCUCACCACCCACCCUGGGGACACUCAGAAAUUGUUUUAGCUGGUCUGGAAGUCUUGGAGAUUUUUCACGAACUUCAAGCCCCUCUCCAGGCGCAGCACUGCAGCAGUUCCGGAGAAGGACCGAUCCCCUCACUGCGGCACCGGACCAGAGGGAAGCGUCUGCUGUGUCCCAGUUAAAGAGUGAGGAGUCUGGUGAUGGAGCGCCUCCCGUGCGGGCAGCGGCUUGGUGUCCAAAGUCUCAAGGAAGCCCAGAACUGUCACCACACAAUUUAAAUGUGUCAAAACUGUCUCAGCCUUCUAGUAAGGAUUCCGACUCAGAGGAAUCUGACUGCAAUAAUAAGUCAUUUGAGAAUGAAGGUAAUCUGAAAUCCAAGCUACAUUUAUCUCAGUAUUCAAGAAAAGUCACACUUCUAAAAAACAAGAUUCCCGGGCUGUAUAAAUCUAGUUCUGUGGACAAUCUUUCUGCGACCAGGAUCAAGCCUCUAGUUCCAGCUCGAGCCAGUGGGCUCAGCAAGAAGCCAUCAAACAUCCAGAAGAGAAAUCAUCAUAAUGCAGAGAACAGGCCAGGAUUGCAGAUAAAAAUCAAUGAGCUCUGGAAAAAUUUUGGAUUUAAAAAAGAUUUUGAAAAGCUUCCUUCUUGUAAGAAGCCAGAUCCCCUGUCGCCAGUCAAAGACAACAUCCAACUAACUCCAGAAGCAGAAGAGGAUAUAUUUAACAAAUCUGAAUGCAUGCGUGUUCAGAGAGCAAUAUUCCAAUAAAUGCAGGCAGCUGGGAGGCUAUUGCCUGCAAGACAAUCUCUAUCAAUUUGAAGUGCUGUUUGGGAAAGGGGCAGUUACCAGACUGAAAGAUUUAUGCAUAGCUGUAAUGCCAUUUUUUAAGUAGAGUACAUUUUGUAUAUUAACUGUAACUAUUUCUUUUGUUCAGCUUUUUAUAUUUUGUAAGAAGCUAAAAUAGAGAAAUAAUUUUAUCUUUGACAGUUUUUGGAAGUUUUGAUGUUUUGGGGCAAGGCCCCUGGAAUUUAGAAAAAUCUACUCUGAAGGUUUCUGUGUCAUGUUGUCAAGUGUAAGGAUAGUAAAUGAAAAGCCACAAUUCUGUAAUCAUUUUAUCCUGGAGGGAAUCACUGUAUUUCCUCUCAGGGUUGAAUUGGAAAUAAAGUUUCUGGAAUGGGAGAGGUAGCUGGAAA